AUGGCCAUGCCUGGAGGUACUGAAAGCCAGCAGCUGCCCCUCCUGCUGACGCCGACCGCGUGGCGGCGCCCCGUCAGCGCGUCCUCCGUCCUUCACUUUGAGUGCGGCGGCAUCUACCGCAGCUUUGUGCGGCUCCCUAGCGCAGCCAUGGUCCGCACACGGCGUACCAGAGCCUCACAGGCUCCUGGAGAGGAGCUGGCGGGCGUGCACCCACGUGAUGGCAUCCUGUACCUCACCCCCUUCCGUGCCCUGGAGCGCAUCAGCAUGUGCGGCACCUCCAGCGAGACCUGCAAGCUGACCAUUCUGGAGGGCCUUCCCUGCCUGAAAGAGGUGGUGGCCUGCGGGUAUGGGGAGUACGUGACCGAGGGCCUGCCUGCCUCGGUGCAGCGCCUGGACCUGCAGUGGGCCGUCAACGCCGCCUCCUCCUCCCUCGUUUACUUUCACGUGCCCGAGCGCUGUACGCUGGCGGAGCUGGCGCUGUGCUCGCAGCGCCCCGUCUGCCUGCCCGCGCCCUGCCUGGCGCGCUGCGCCUCGCUGCGCGUCACCGCCCGCCGCGCCUACCUGGGCCUGCCGCUGCUGGCGGGGGCGCCCUGGGUGGACGUGGAUGAGCUGGCGGCGAGGUUUGCGCAGUUCAUGCUGUGCAGCUCUCUGGAGGCGGUGGAGGUGACAGCCACCCGCUGCUUUGUGUUCCAGCCGGUGCAGGACCCCUUUGACCUGUCGACCAACGAGGGCCUGGGCGGCAUCUCGCAGCAGGAGCAGCUGGCCACCGUGCUGCUGGCCCGCCACUUCCAGUCGCUGCACGUGGAGCAGCGCAUGCUGGCGGUCGGCGCCUUCCGGGCAUACAUGCGCAUCACCCGCCGCCGCACCGAGCCCAUCGCCUUUUCCUUUCAGGCCCAGCUCAACGCGGAGCAGGCGAGCCCUCGGGAGGCGCACAGCGCCCUGCAAAGCAUCCACGGCACCUGGCACAGCGAGCCUCUGGCGCCGCUGGGCCCCGCCGCGCUGACCAGCCUGCGGCUGACGCCGCCGCUGGGCGCGCAGCCGCCGCAGCGCGCGUUCCGCAGCCGCUGGCUGGCAGGCCUGCGCCGCCUGGCCCACCUCACCCUCGUGCGCUUCACCGCCGCCGACCUGCGCCACCUGCGUGCUGGCCCCUCUGCCGUGCACCUGUCGUCCAUGCAGCCGCCGGGGGGCGCCAUCACGCCGCACACGCUGAGGCUGCCGCCCGGCGGGCUGGGCCCCGAAUGCUCUCUGUCGCUGCGCAUGGCGUACGCCCCGCCGCACGCCAUCGUGGCGCCACCUCAGCACAUCGUCGACCUGGCGGCAGGCAUGCCCGUAGCAGACCUGGACAACCCUGCUGGCGGCGGCGGCGCCUGGCCCCAGUUUGAGGGCCACGGCGGCGGGGUGCAGCAGCUGGGACCGGGGGCGCUGGCGGUGGCGCUGCAGCAGCAGGCGGCCGCGCUGGCCGCCAUGGCGCAGCAGGCCGCGGCGGUGGCGGCGCCUGCCGCAGCAGCAGCAGCAGCCGCUGCGGCGCAGCCGGCCGCGGCGGCGGCGCACGGCGAGCAGGCGGUGCAGCAGGCGGCGCAGCAAGUGGUGGCGCAGGCGGCGGAGGCGGAGGCGGUGGCUGCUGAGGCCGAGGCGUUUGCGGCAGAGGCGGCGGCGGCGGCGGCGCAGGCCGGCAUGCAGCAGCAGGAUGCCGGGGUGCAGGCAGGAGCCGCAGCCGCAGCCGCAGUCGAGGUCGAAGUAAUUGAUUUGGUCAGCGACAGCGACGACGAGGAGCUGCCGGAGGAUGGGGCGCCGCUGGCGCCACAGCCGGCGGAGCAGCUGGCGGCGGCGGCCCCCGCCGCGGCGCCGCAGGCGCCGGCACCGGCCCCGGCGGCGGCGGCGCAUCCGCCGGCUGCCGCCGCGGCGGCUGUGCAGGCGCCGCCGCAGCUGCCGCAGCUGCCGGCGGAGCAGCUGGGUCAGGAGGGCAUGGCAGAUUUGCUGGACAGCGAUGAGGAUGAUGGGCCGAUGCCGGAGCUUAUAGACGAUGAUGAGCUGGGGGAGGACGACGCCUUUGCGCCGCCGCCGCAGGCAAGCGCAGCACCGCAGGGCAGGGCAGGGGCAGGGGCUGGCACACGCGUGUCCUGCGGAGCGCAGCGCCGGCUGGCGGGCUGGCUGGCAGGCUGGCACGCUGCAAGGCCCAAGUUCCUGUGCGUGUGUCCAGCCUGGGGGCAUGCAUGCAUGCGGUAUCUGGGGGGGCACCUGUUUGGGCCCGGGGGCGGGCCGCUGCUGGGGGGCUGGGUCAUGGUGCCCGCCCCGGCACAGCAGGCGGCGCAGGAGCCCGCGGGUGGUGCCCAGCAGGCAGCGCAGAUGGCGGCGGGUGGCAUCGACUUUGCGCAGCCCUGGGCCAUGCCCGACGAUCGGCUGGCCGAUGCCACAAUCCGCCACGAGGCGCUGCUCACUGGCGUGGGCAGCCUGGCGGUGCAUGCCGGAUCGCUGACGGUGGUGUACCCGGGCACCACGCCCGACCACCUGCUGCGCCUGCUGAGCGGCGGCGGCGGCGGCGGCGGCGGCGGCAGCGUGCUGCGCAGCCUGCGCCUGAGCGCGCGCGCGCUGCGCUUUGAGGCCGCGCCCGCCGCGCCUGCCCAGGGCAGCCCCGGCGGCGGCGGCGGCGGCGGCGAGGUGCCGGGCGGCGCCGCCGCCUCUGCCCCGCCCACCCAGCAGCCGCACCGUGGCUUCUCCGGCCCGGAGCUGCGGGAGUACAUACAGUCGUCUGGCUGGGCUGCGGUGUGGGAUGCCAGGCUGCAGCGCUCGAUGUUCCGAGACCAAGAGACUCUGGUGCUGACGCGGCGCCCGCCGCCACCGGCAAAGGAGGAGCGGGAGGGCAGCCCGGCGGCGGCGGGCGGCGGCGCGGCCGCGGCGCCCGCCACGCUGUAG